AUGGAGGAGGUCAAGAAUCCACUGCAGUACGAUUGCAUCGUUCAGAACAUCGAUUUGUCUCAGUGGGACCUGCAAACCCUUGCCUAUCUAUGCACAAUCCACAGUGCUCGUGGUCAACACAACAAUAAAAAAGAAGUGGUCUUUGGAAACAAGCUGUUCUCGGCAUGGGAGAACAAGCCCAAUUUCCAAUGGCCUUGGUGCAAAGGGUAUUCUGAAAAUUUCGUAGAUCCUCCGGCAACUGAAUCCUGGGAGGCGGCUGCCAACAAACUUCUACAGAUCUGUGAUGGGGAUUGGAAAUUGGUCGAGCAACGCAUUCGAGCAGCGCUCGACUGA